UGUUUGUGCCCGGGCUCAGCUGUUGCCCUUCUUGGACUUCUAGAACCAUCGUCAGAGAGCUGUGUGAAACCACAGGUACAGAAACCUGAGAGCCCCGAGUCCCAGGUGAGGGGUGUUGGUGUGUCCUGUGCCUCAGAGGCCAAGGUACAAUACCAGCUCUUCUCGUUGUAGUCGAGUAAUUCCACACAGCGAGUUUCCUGUUUACAAGCUGAGCUCCAUAACCUUUUUUCCCCCCUCUGUUUCGUACAAGUGGAAAGAAGGGCACACUGAGCAUGACUCAUCUGUCAGCAGCUCUGUGAAAAGCUGAUGCUGAGCAAGCAGGAGGCAGAGAUCUCUCCCCAAACUGAGCGUGUACUAAGUACUGAGUGAGUUGUGACAAGAACAGCUCCGAUGGAAGCAGGAGCCAAGAACAACAGCUCGACAGGGAACUUUACACUUUCCCCGACAGCUCCUUGGGGCGGAGACAGUUAAGUUUCUGCGUUUGUAAGGGAAACAUGGCAUUCCUUAAAGCUGAGCCUCCUCCCUCGGGUUCCCACUGAAUGCCUGAGAGAUGACAGCAGAGGGUGUCUCCAGCAGGCUCUUAUUAAACAGGAGGAAUUGGCACGGAGGGAGCAACAGCGAGAUCCCAGUUUUGACCACAGAAUGAGCUAAAAAGCUUUGCACUGCCGCAGUUUGCAGGUUUUUUACCCACUGGCUGCACAUGGCUCCUGUUCAGGGGGUUUCUGUGCCCUGGUGUUGGUGUCUGCACCUGCCCGAUGUGUGAAGGGCUGUGCUGGGAGGGCAGAUCAGCUUCGAACAGAAAGUGCUGAGGCAGCAAUGAAGCAGGGCAGAUGAUCCUUGGGAGGGCAGCUGUGGUUCAGACACACUUAGAACUGGUUUGCUAUCCCCAGCAGCACAAACCCGGCUAGCAGGGGAGCUGGUGAGCCAAGGACGUGGACAGACGGAACAGAUACAGACAGGAAAUGGGGGAGAGAGGGGAAAUGUUAGUGUUUGCAAAGCUCCGAGAGGGCUCUGGUUAGUUGUUGAGUCCUGCAAUCCCAUUUCUGUUUUCAGCUCAGUGACUGGAGGACUUUGGGGAGUGACUUGAGGAGCUCAAGCCAGGUAGCACGGUGUGACCUGGUGCUGCUUUGGACGCUGAGCGCCCGGCUCGGCGGGUUUGGAGAAACGCUGCAGGUUUUGGAGCUCAGUGCUUCAGAUCAAACCCAUUUCCUUCCCCUCGGUGAGGUGUUUAUAGUGCCACAGUGAGUCAAUAAGCUGUGCAUGUGAGGAACGCACCUCAGAGCUGAAGCAGUGUCUAGUCAGGAAAAUAACCAGCACCUGGCAGAUGUCAGGCACGUGUUCUACAAAAGCUGCUCUUCACUGGCAGGAGGCACCUGAUUCACCCGGGUGAGAUCACAGUGCUGGCUGUGAUGGGGCUCUGCUGAGAGUAUGGAGGAACAGGGAAGUAAUUUCUCUAUUAAAAUAUAAUAAAAUUCAAAAGAGUACAAGUGUCCCACCGAGGCAAGGUCCUGCUCUGUGUCUGUAUCAUGGAAUCACACAAUGGGUUAGGUUGGAAAGGAUAACAGUGGGAUCAUCUGCUCCAGCAGGGUCAUCCCAGAGCACGUGGCACAGGAUUGUGUCCACACGGUUCUGGAGUGUCCCCGGAGAGGGAGGCUGCACAGCCUCUCCGGUCUCUGUUCCGCUGCUCAGUCACUGCACAGUGAAGAACCUCUUCCUCAUCUCUCGAUGGAUGCCCGUUGCUCUUGUCCUUUUGGCACCUCUGGUCCACGAACGCGAGCCCACGUGGCCACAACCCGCUGAGGAGUGAAACCCAGCACAGUUUAACCCCGUGCCACACACUGGGCGGAGCCGGGACUCGAACCCGUAACGCCCUGAGCCGCAGGGCCCGCGUUGGCCGAGCGGGGGCGCGGCGAACCCGGCGCCGCCCGGAAGCGGAAGCGGAAGCGCGGCCGCGGUUCCCGCCGCGGUUGCCGAGCGGCGGCCGCUCCGUCCCGUCCCGCCCGCGGCCAUGAGCGCGGCCGGGCUCGUGUCCGCGCCGCCCGCAGCCCCACCGGGGCCGCCCGCCCCCGCCAUGGCCCCCGCGCCCGACUACUACGAGGAGGAGGAGCUGGAGAGCGCCGAGGAGGAGGACGGCGAGCGGAGCGCCCGGGCCCGCGACUCCGACGAAGACACUGAGGAUGCAAGUGAAACAGACCUGGCAAAGCACGAGGAGGAGGACUUUGUAGAAAUGAAAGAACAGAUGUAUCAGGACAAACUGGCAUCUCUGAAGAGGCAGCUACAGCAACUGCAGGAGGGUACUCUUCAGGAAUAUCAGAAAAGGAUGAAAAAGUUGGACCAGCAGUACAAAGAAAGGAUACGAAAUGCAGAACUGUUCCUGCAGUUGGAAACAGAUCAGGUGGAGAAGAAUUACGUGAAGGAAAAGAAAGCAGCAGCAAAGGAGUUUGAAGAUAAGAAAAUUGAGCUUAAGGAAAAUCUGAUAGCAGAGUUGGAAGAGAAGAAGAAGAUGAUUGAGAAUGAAAAGCUAACCAUGGAAUUAACGGGAGAUUCAAUGGAAGUGAAGCCUAUUAUGACAAGGAAACUGAGACGGCGACCAAAUGAUCCAGUUCCUAUCCCAGACAAGAGGAGGAAACCUGCCCCUGCUCAGCUAAAUUAUUUGUUGACUGAUGAGCAAAUAAUGGAGGACCUAAGAACGCUGAAUAAGCUUAAAUCACCCAAGAGACCAGCCUCCCCCUCCUCUCCUGAGCACCUCCCAGCAACCCCAGCAGAGUCUCCAGCACAGCGGUUUGAAGCUCGGAUAGAAGAUGGCAAACUCUACUAUGACAAGAGAUGGUACCACAAGAGCCAAGCUAUUUACCUGGAGUCUAAAGAGAACACUAAGAUCAGCUGUGUGAUCAGUUCUGUGGGUGCCAACGAGAUCUGGGUGAGGAAAACCAGUGACAGCACCAAGAUGAGGAUCUACCUGGGGCAGCUGCAGCGGGGCGUGUUCGUGAUCCGCCGGCGCUCGGCCACCUGACUCUGCCCUGCCCUGCCCUGCCCUGUCCUGUCCUGGUUUUUAUCGGAUCACCAAACCUCUGCCAGGGGCUCACAGGCUGCUCGCUCCUCCCAGCAGCACGGAACAGUCCUGACCUCUGAUGAGACACUUUGUGGCUGGCCACAUAAUCCCCAGUAGUCCUUAAACCUUUAGUGAGGCCCAAGCACUGCCCUGGACUAUUUCUGGAUUUUGCAUCAAGCUUAUGUACGCUCUCUUUGUAUUUUGGGUGACUGUUUGAGACGACUUUGCAUCAUCCUCCUUUUCAUUGUUGUUUCGUGGUGCACAGACGGGACUCGCGUGUCAAAAACAUCAUCAUUGUGUUUCUCUUGGGAGUCAGACCUGUGGAAGAGGCUUUGCUUGUCAAGACCUGAGGUUAUUUGUGCUUUCUGGCCUUGUUUUCCUGCAAGGCUCAGGAUUUUGGGCAAAAGAUGAAUCCUGCCAGGUUUCAGCUGCAGCUGAGAGAUGCCUCCAGAAUACCUGGUGCACAACAUCAGUUUUAUUGGAUGGACUGUUGAAAGACUGGAGACUUUUUUUAGGAUGGUGUGAGCAGCUCAGAAACUGCUGAAAAUACAGUGAUUUUAAUGUA